AUGGCCACCACUGGGAACCUUUCAGAAGAGCAGGUGCACUGCUCCAUCUGUCUGGACGUCUUCACCAACCCCGUGUCCAUCCCCUGUGGACACAACUUCUGCCAGAGCUGCAUCCUGGGAUACUGGAAAAGCAGUCCUUUGUAUCAGUGUCCCAUGUGCAAGAAGUCCUUCUACAAAAGGCCCGAUAUUAGUGUCAACACCGUCUUGAGGGAAAUCGCAGAGCAGUUCAAGGAGAUGAAGACCUCUCCUCCACUGGCACACCAAGCCACAGCACAAGAGCCACCGCCUCCACUUCCCCAAACAUCACCCCCACCCUCACCUCAAAUCUCUGCUUCUCAACUUCCUCAAACCUUACCAUCUCCUCCUUUCUCUUCGCUCCCAUCUCCAUCUUGGGAGGAAGUCAUGUGUGACGUUUGCCUUGGGGAAGGUAGGCCGAAGGCGGUCAAAUCCUGCCUGGUGUGUCUGACUUCCUACUGCGAGGAGCAUCUGAAAUGUCACUCGGCCCGCUUCACUAAGCACAAGCUGAUGGAGCCCGUUGCCAACAUGGAGGACAGGAUGUGUCCGAAGCACGAGAGGCUCCUGGAGCUGUUCUGUAAGAAGGAUCAGAUGUGCGUGUGCGUCCUCUGCACCGAGACGGACCACAGGGCUCACUACACCGUCCCUGUGGAGAGAGAAUGGACAGAGAAAAAGGCACAGCUUAAGAGGACAGGAAUAGACGUUCAGCAGAUGAUUCAGGACAGAGUGAAAAAGGUGGAGGAGAUCAAGCACUCUGUGGAGCUCAAUAAAGCCAGUGCUCAAAGAGAGAUUGAGGAAAGCAUGCAGGUCUUCUCAGAGCUGGUGCGCUCCAUCCAGAAAACUCAGGCCGAGCUGGUUUUGGUCAUCGAGGAGAAGCAGAGGCAGACGGAGAGGUGGGCUCAAGGCCUCAUUGCUGAACUGCAACAGGAAAUCACUGAGCUAAAGAGGAGGAACACAGAGUUGGAAACCGUUGCACAGACUGACCACAUUCAUUUCUUAAAGAGCUUCCCGGCCCUCAGCACUCCACCAUCUGUUAAAGACUGGUCUGAGACCAGUGUUCCCACUGACACAUGUGUUGGCAUGGUCAGAAGAUCAGUGUCCAAACUAGAGGCGACGUUGACUGAAAUGAUUGACAAACUGUCUGACAGUGAGAUCAAAAAAGUUCUGAAAUAUACAGUGGAUGUCACUCUUGACCCUGACACAGCCAACCCGUGGUUGCAGCUCUCUCAGGAUAGACAUCAGGUGAGACACCUGGGUGCCUGGCAGGACCUCCCGGACCACCCUGAUCGCUUCGACACGGUGGUUAUAGUAUUGGCCCAUGAGGGCUUUACUUCUGGCAGACACUACUGGGAGGUCCAGGUGGGGGAAAAGGAUGACUGGUACCUUGGUGUGGCGAGGUCAUCUGUUAACAGAAAGGGCAGGAUCUCUGUAAGCACCACCCAAGGCUAUUGGGCUCUAGCCAUGAAGAAAGGCCAGGGAUACAGAGUGUCAACAUCCCCACCGUCACUCCUCUCCCUCGACCCUAAGCCCAAGAGAGUGGGCGUGUAUGUGGACUACGAAGAAGGUCAAGUGUCGUUUUAUGAUGUGAGAGCACGGACCCAUAUUUACACCUUUGAGGAUACCUUCACUGAAAAAAUUCUUCCAUUUUUCUACCUGUACUGCUGUGACAAAGCCUCUGACACCAUCGUCAUCUGUCCUGUGAAUGAGAAACAUCUGAUCAAGCAAAGCUAAGGACAUAAAAACAAAAGUUGUUGUAGCUAUACCCGAUUUAAUUACAUGUGAACUGUAGCUAAAUAUGUUAAUUAUACAUCUUGUGAAUUUGUAGCAAACAUGCUUGUAAAAAACAAACCUCAAAUGGCGUUCUGGUAAAAACAAACUGUGUUGCCAUUAUUGCAGAAGGUCAAAGGUCAAGAAGAUUUGUAUUUCAAGAUUGUUUGCAUAUUAAAUACAUUGUCAUUUGAUUAGCAUU